AUGGAAUAUAUCAGAACGAAUUUUCUUUUACAAAACGAAAUGGCAGAUAAACAAGACAUACAAAGCUAUGAACCAAUUUCGUAUCAUGAGGUCUUAAACCAUAAUCCUGAAUUUUCUAAUUAUUUUCAAAUGCUCUACGAUUAUCCAGAACGAGAAACUUAUCAGGGUCAAGAGGCUUACCAGGAGUGGGAGUGGCAGGGUGAUACCCAAGUGCUCGUGAAAGAAGAGGACUUGGAGACGGGAGGUUCUACCAGCUUUAGUGAGGAAGAGGUACGAUCACCGUCAGCGAGUCGCAAAGAACGUACAGCGUUUACGAAGGCGCAAAUUCGCAGUCUCGAGACGGAGUUCGCACGCGCCAACUACCUCACCCGCUUGCGAAGAUAUGAAAUUGCUGUUGCUUUAAACCUCACUGAGAGACAGGUAAAAGUAUGGUUUCAAAAUAGAAGAAUGAAGUGGAAACGCACUAAGGGCGCGAAGCAUAGCAAGAAAAAGGAACAGUUGUUUGAAAGUAAAUGAGAAAUAAGUUCAAUCAUUACGUUCUUUUGAAAAAUAUUAUCAAUAAUGUUUCAAUAC